UCCUCCGCUAAGGUGGACUAAGGGUCUUCUUACCUACUAUUUAAAUUUCCCCCAGUCAGCUCAGCUCUACAUGACCUGUCCAUAACCCUGCUUCUUCUGUUAGUUGCCCCGCUGGAUUCCCUCACGGCCAUGGUUUCCACUGCUUCUCUGCCAAUGCGUCGCAUUGGCUUGGCUCUUGCCGCUGGGGUAGUCUUGUUUUCUGCUUUGGCUGUCGCUCAGGAUGCUAUCUCCGUCGGAGAGCUGUCCGCAGGCGAGAUCGAGGAUGAGUUGCAGAAAUGCCCCUUGGUCGAGUCCCUCAACGAGCAUAAGCGCGCCACGAGCCCCCAAACCACCAGCCUGAUGUCCAAGAUCUUCGCGGUCCUGUUCCCCGGCAGCCCAGCGGUCAAUGCGAUCCUGGCCACCAUCUACAUCUCUGGACCUCCCAACUUCCUUCUCGCCCUGUGCCCCCCGAACAUCGACCCCUCCUCCCUCUCCGUGAUGGUCGCCUUCGCCGUCGGCGGACUCCUGGGCGACACAAUCUUCCACCUCCUCCCCGAGAUCUUCCUGGGUGAAGACGCUCCCGACCACGUCCGCUUCGUGAUGGUCGAGCCGAACCGCAACCUCCUCCUGGGACUCGGCAUCAUGGUGGGCUUCUUCACCUUCGUCGCCAUGGACAAGGCUCUCCGCAUCGCAACCGGCGGCCAGGGGGGCCACUCGCACUCGCACUCGCACGAACACAGCCAGAUCGCACCCUCCGCCACAACCACGAGCAGCUCCGCCACCACCAACACCACCACCAGCAACAACGUCAAAAACCGCAAACCCGCCGCCGCGUCUCCCCCAUCAUCCUCCACUUCCCUUGUUGCUACGCCCGAACCCACCACCAGCACCAGCAUCAAACUCGGCGGCUACCUCAACCUGAUCGCCGACUUCACCCACAACAUCACCGACGGCCUAGCCAUGUCCUCCUCGUUCUACGCCUCCCCGACCAUCGGCGCCACCACGACCGUCGCCGUCUUCUUCCACGAGAUCCCCCACGAGGUCGGCGACUUCGCCCUCCUGAUCCAGUCCGGCUUCUCGAAGCGCAAGGCCAUGGGCGCGCAGUUCGUCACGGCCAUCGGGGCGUUCCUGGGCACCUUCAUCGGGAUCGCGGUGCAGGAGCUCGGUGGGAAUUCUGCUGCUGUCGCUGCUGCCACCUCUUCCGCGCCAACGGCGGGUCUCCUCGGCACGAGUCUCACCUGGGGCGAUAUGCUUCUCCCAUUCACGGCGGGGACGUUCCUGUACGUGGGCACGGUGUCAGUCAUCCCCGAGCUGCUGGAGACGAGCGGCAGGGACAAGCGCACGGAGGUGAAGCACAUGAUCACCCAGUUCUUGGCGGUCGCGGCCGGGGCGGGGAUUAUGUUGUGGAUCUCCUGGGAUUGAGGUUAUGGAAAUAGAGAUUGAGAUGUGUGAUGUGGGCUACGUGAUGAGGGGAUUGUAUUCUUUAGAUCAUGCUCGCUUUUGGAUGAUCCAGGUGUAGUAGACUCGUAAAAAGUUAAGGUUAUGAGCUGACCGUGCAUGCGCAAUCU